UAUGUCUCUUCCUUCUUCACCCGCACCUUGUUACCAACCAGACAAGAUAUUUCAAGCCAAAGUCAAGAUAAACAACAGAACGCUUGACGUUGAACAACCAGACUAUCAACACAGCAUAAGAAGAGUGUCUUCCGUUCCCAGCACCACAGAUUAUUUCGAUAAAACAAGUCUCAAGAGCUACAACAGCAGUCUAAACAGCAAUAGUGCAUUGAGUGUCUAUAGCAUCAGUACACCUACAGAACAAACAACUCAAUCCAUGCCUGUUUCACCAAAACCUUCUUUUAAAUCAAGUUCAUACACACUUGAGAAAAAACAAGUUCAAGUAGGACCUACCGAUUUUGAAAAAAUACGGUUGCUCGGUAAAGGCGAUGUAGGCAAGGUCUAUCUUGUGAAGCAUAAAUCAACCGAAAAACUCUAUGCGUUAAAAGUUUUAUCAAAAAAGGAAAUGAUCAAGCGCAACAAAAUCAAAAGAGCUAUGGCUGAACAAACCAUUUUGGCUACUGUCAAUCAUCCUUUUAUUGUGCCUUUAUACCAUUCGUUUCAAAGCAGUAAUUAUCUUUAUUUCUGUAUGGAGUUUUGUGUGGGCGGUGAAUUCUUCCGAGCCUUACAACACCGACCGGGAAGAGUCCUGAAAGAAGAGGAGGCUAAAUUUUAUGCGGCUGAAGCAGUAGCAGCAUUAGAAUAUCUGCAUUUAAUGGGGAUCGUCUUUCGGGACUUGAAACCAGAAAAUAUUUUAUUGCACGAAUCUGGACACUUAAUGCUUUCUGAUUUUGAUCUUUCUAUUAAAUCACCUUCUGCGUCACUACCUACACUUGUUCGACAUAAUUCGCCUUUCUCGAGAAAACCUUUGGUGGAUACACAGUCUUGUCUGAAUCUUCGCACGAAUUCUUUUGUAGGCACUGAAGAAUACUUAGCUCCUGAAGUCAUUCGAGGUAACGGGCAUACAAGUACAGUAGACUGGUGGGCUUUAGGCAUCUUUGUGUAUGAAAUGGUGUGUGGAUAUACACCUUUCAAAGGACCGACACGCGAUGACACAUUUGAACUCAUUCUCACCAGCCCUGUUGAAUUUCCAGAUUAUGCAAACAAUCCUUAUUUUCGUGGACCUGGUAUUUCAGGAGACUGUAAAUCAUUCAUCAAGAAACUCUUAAUCAAGAAUGAAAACAAGCGGUUGGGUGCUCAUGCAGGUGCAAGUGAAGUCAAAGCGCAUUCGUUCUUCAAGUCGAUCAAUUUCGCCCUUUUGCGUAACAUAAAACCACCCAUUAAGCCCAACAAAGACAAGCCAAUUAGGGCUGUGCAUUUCAACCGAAUGAAAGAAAGUGCUAGUUUUGAUUUACACGCAGAUGAUGGUUUAUCUACACCACCUAUUACAGAUGACGAUGAUGAAGAUGAAGAAGACCCAUUUGAGUCCUUUCAUUCAGUGACCAUUCACCGAUAAAUCUACAUUAUAUAUAUAUAUAUAUAUAUAUA